AUGAACGUGAGACGUUUUUUAUUUUGGUUGGAGUCGGUCCCGAUAGUUACUUGCUCCAUUAUGAACAGUUCUGAAGUACAGGUUUUGAAAUUUAUGAUUUUUUCGAAUGAUUGAGGAAUAUACAGAGAGUCCCUCAAUCUAUAAUAGACACGAUAAACCAGUUGUUGUCAACGGCGCCGGCAAAUGCGCCCUACGAAAUCUCGAUCAAAGGUUUUUCUUUUUUUUUCGAGGCUGGAGCUCAAAAGAAUGGGAAUUAGGCUUGAUUUUGCAGUUAGUUUGGAAGAAAGAGAAAUCCAGCCACAGACUUUGAAUAUUCCUGCCCCGCUGCCGCAGCCAAUGCCUGUGAAUAAAUCCGAUGAAAAAGAAAUUCGAAGAGUUUGUUCAUUUUUAUUUCCUUAAUUUUUCGAAAAAUUUAAUAUAUUAAACGAAAGACUCGUAAACUGAAUUUCGCUUUUUGGGAAAAUCUAAAAAAACACAAAUUAGAAUGAGCUUUCCAUUCAAAAAAGUACUGGAGUUUAUUCUGAAUUUUAGGAACCGCAAAAGUUCGCCCAUGUUCCGAAAACAGAGGUCCAUGAUGUCAUUGGUUGAAGCUGCGCAGCAAGACCAGAAAUAUGUUCGUUUUUGAAGAGUCCGUGGAAACGGACCAGGGAAUUUUUUGAGAAAAGAGGAACUUUAGGACACCUUGAUCCCAAAAAAGUUCAAAAAAGCAUAUAUUUUUUAGUUUUUUUUUUAUUUUAGUAGACCUAUAACGUUUCAAAGGUUGACUUUUACUAGCAGAAAAUGCAUAAUUUGAUUUUAUUUGAAUUAAAGCAAUUUCAAUGUUUUUUCUAAAAAUUAAUCGAGUUUGAACUUAAUUUCUGAGAAGAAAUCGCGGCGCUUUUGCUAAUGGAAGAAAAUGCAAAACCAAAAAUGAAGUGGGCAGAGUCAACACUAAGAAUAACUGCCGAGAUAAACGCGAGACACUGGCGGUACAUUGACGAGCUCGCAAACAUCUCGCUUUUUUUCUCGCGCCGGUCUCGCAAUUUUCUGGGCGCCAGCUCGCACUUUUCUAGGCGCGAGCUCGCAUUUCUCUCGCAAUUUGAAAAUUUCCGAAAUGCAAGAUAAAUGCGAGGUCGCGCCGAGAAAAAUGCGAGGUCGCGCCGCGAUAAAUGCGAGAUCGCGCCUAGAAAAAAGCGACAUUUUUGCGAGUUCGAUGUACCGCCACCGACCUCACGUUUAUCUCGUCAGUUAUUCUUAGUGAAAGUCUCCGCCUUAUGUGCGAGAGCGCCGCAGUGUAUGCACACGACACACUACACUUUACGGAAAAAAUGUAUGCGGGACGUCGUCAAAAAAAAAAAAACGCCGUGCCCUUUGGAAUUCGAGCAUAUUUGAAACCAUAGGCAAAAAAAUUAGGUUUGUUUGAAAUUGUGAGGUAGUUUUUUUAAAAUUAUUAUUUUUUUAAUAAUUUUUUUUUUUGAAUGUUGAUUUUUAGGAGUCAGUUCUGUUCAAGAAUAAUAUUUCUUGUUUUUCAGAGAUGUGGCAGCGUAGAAUCGUCAAAACCUUCAGAAAAUAUCUACGAACAGAUUCCUGGCGUCGGAACUAGCAGCUCGUCUGUGUCUUUUCGUCUUUUGCCCACGGAAAAGGUUUUUUUCGGUUUUAUUUGUAGUAAUUUUCCAAAAAGAAACUGGAAAAUGUUUUGAAAUAAGAAAUUUCUCAGGGAAGCUCGAAAAUCAGCGUCGCCAACAUAUUCCCACGGAACAAAUAA